AUCAUUAUCCAAAAAUAGCAUCUGAGUCAAAAUCACAUCACAAUAAUACUCGAGAAUUCAGUACUUCAGUAGAGUGUAGCCUCUCAUUUGCCCGUUCUAUAUUUCAUUUGUGCAAGUUUUAAAGAAAGGGGCCACAGAAUGCCGGCUUUAGAAGAUGUUAUGUUUCAAUUGAAGUUUUCUACAAAACAACUUGAGAGGUAUGCUAAGAAGGCAGAAAAGGAACAAAAAGUUCAACAGGCAAAAGUUAAAAAAGCCCUUGAACAGAAGAACGUAGAAGGAGCCAGAAUCUAUGCAGAGAAUGCCAUCAGAAAGAAGAAUGAGGGCCUUAACUAUCUCAGAAUGGCAUCCAGGGUGGAUGCAGUAUCGUCAAGGGUACAGUCAGCCAUGGCAAUGAAACAGAUAACCAAGAACAUGGGCCAAGUUGUUAAAGGUCUAGAUAAAGCUCUUCAAUCAAUGGAUCUACAGAAGAUUUCUGCUGUCAUGGAGAAAUUUGAGGGGCAAUUUGAAGAUCUAGACGUACACACUCAGGUGAUGGAGGGGUCGAUGGGCGCGGCUACCACCCUGACCACGCCCCAGGACCAGGUAGAUCAACUCAUCCACCAGGUCGCCGAGGAGAACGGGCUGGAGAUGAUCUCCGACUUGAACGCCGCCCCCUUGGCCGGGAACGAUCCCCUUGCAGCGUCGACCGCAUCCUCAUCAAGGACCAUGGCGGAGGAGGACAGUCUGACCAGGAGAUUGCAAGCGUUAAGAAACUAAGCAGUCUCUUUCUUUUCUGUAUGGUCAUCAGUGCAUUGUAAUUGCCAUUUUUAUGAAUUUGCACCAAGGUCAAUACGGUGGAUUCACAAUAGGGUGCGCCAUCUAUUAUUUGCUGCUGACAGGCCGAAAUUUGCUAUGCCUUAUGGGAAAAUGUCAACAUCUGGUUGGCGCAUGCAUGCAGUAUGCUGCACUGGCUGAUGCGGUUCGGCCGGUUUGCAUAAAAUUAUGCUGUUUACCAGGGUGGGAGAGAAAUUUUCCGCAGAUUUUUUGGCGAAAUCUUGACCGUUUUCGAUGAAUUCUUCCUCCGCUUUUGCCAUAUGGUUUUCAUUUUUGAAGCAUCACAGUCACAUGGCACUGUGCGCUGCCUGUGCCUGCGCGACCCCAAAGUUAGAAAUUGGCCUGUCCGCUGCAACCGAUAGAUGGCGCACCAUAUUAACAAUCCACCGAAUUGGAGGAGUGGAUCCAGGAUUCCUUAGAGGGAACAGAAAGUGGGUCAAUUAUGGCGCGUACCGUGAAGUCGGGUUUAAUUUAAACUCUGGUCUUAAGUUGUGAUGUAACUAUGGACAGCCAAUUGUGAAACAAAUCUCUAACAGCACAGGUUCAAUUUAACAGCUCAUUUAACACACUCACAAUAAUUAAUACAUGCCUGUAAAUGGUAGGUAAAAACAGUUUUCUUCAUCUUUUAUGUACAGUGAAAUAGCAUAGUGAAUUUAUGUAGCGUCAAUACAUUUUUUGUACAGUUUUUGGCUUUCCAUAAUUUUUGCCCAGAGUUAGACCAUGGACUAAGUUAAACCAGACUUCAGAAUACAGGCCAAUAUGUGUAGAAUUUUCUGACAAGUGUAAAAGAGUAGUUCUUAAUUCCCAAAUGUCAAAAUUACUCAAACAGAAAAUGUGACAUAUUAAAUUAAAAGAGGAAAGGAGUUAUGACUUCGAAUAAGGGAAGAUAGUUCUCUAUAUGAGGGGCGUGAAAAUGCUACUUUGGGAAUACAGAGGGGGUAAUGUGUAUCAUCUGAUUCCCAAUCCGCACCUGGACAACAAUGGUUGAAGAAAGCUUCUAAGGAGAUUGCAAUUCAAGUUUUUCCACUUAUUCUGGUUGUUUGGUAAUUGUAGCAUUCCAUAACUGAUUGAUCUUGCAUCCACCCCUCAAUCUUCCUUUUUAUCCUCAUGUAUUAGUUUAAUCUCUGGAUCUAUCCCUUAUCACUUUGCUUAAUCUCAACUUUCAUUUGGCCUGUGUGCCUUGCCAUUUACCAGUCAUUUGCAAGAUUGUGCAUAACUUUGCCAUGUUUGUGAAACUGUCCCCUACUCUUUCUUUCUCACUCCAACAUAAUCUAUUCUAUUCUUCAACUGUUACAUUCUGUCUUCCCGUUGCUUUACUAUUUUUUCUCUGAAUCGUAAAUAUGUGUAUAGUCAACAGAUCAUGUGAUAUUUAUAUACUUCACCUAUAUGUAGGUAUUAUUAAUAAAUGUGUAAAUAAGAACCUUACUUUGUUAUGAUAAUUGUAGAUUUUUGGUCAGCAUAGGUCAGGGUUCCCAGCUUUUCAAGAAACCAAAAUUCCCUGAUUUUUCCCUGAUGAAGUUUUAAAAUUCCCUGAUAAUUAUUUAAACCCAAUCCCAGUUUCGCAUGUUUUCUAGGUUGUUGCAGUGAAUUACACGUAUUUUCGGUAUAAAAACAAUAAUGUAAAAGUAAUUAUUACCACCAUAACCAGUCAUUCAAUGGAUGUUGUUUUGAUAUGCAACAAAAUAUAACAGAGUUUGACUGACUACCAUGCGCUUUCGACUUUUGGGCUGAUCAAAAUUCCCCGAUUUUUUCCCUUUGAGGAUUUUUUUUAUCAAAUUCCCUGAUUUUUCCCUGACUGGAAAAAAGUUAUAUAAUUCUUCCUGAUUUCCCUGAUGGGCUGGGAUCCCUGAUAUAGGUAGCUGCUUCAGCUCAAUGCUUAAGAGGGUUUAUCAGUUUUGAUUCAGACUAUUACAAUCCUAAACUAGACAGUUUGUUGUUAUCGCCGGUUUCAACUUUUAAAACACUUCAUUUGCCUGACAUUUCAUUGAAAGGUUCCUUAAAUCUUUGAUGAAUUGGUUUGGCUUAGAUGCUGCAUAUAGGCCUACUCUAAUUUUUAUGUUCGAGAGUAGCUCCUUUGAUAUUUUUUACUUUGAAAAUUGAAAGCACCGGUCCAACAAUUAAUUUCCACAUUUCUCUUUUCAUGUUUGAAAGAUUUGGCCCAUAUCUUUUUAAAGACGUAUUUAUGAUUGUGUUUCGUAUUAUUAUCGGUGUAGUAGUAAGAUAAGGCAAUUUUGUAUGGACAUAUCCAUGGUAGGAUGGAGAAUUAAAAGACUGAAAGAAAAACAAAUCAGACCUUGUUUCUGAAAUAAAGUGUUGUCGGUCACAAAUUUAUCAACAAAAAAAAAUGCAUUUAAUAUACUUCUAACCCUAACCUUCUAUGAAGUAUACAUAUCCUGUAAUUUUUCUUUCAAUGUUCUGUUAAGGUGACAGAAAUUUGUGAUAACUCUAGCAUGUAAAUAGAUUUAAUAGUGAUUAUGUAUGAAUAAGAAAUUUUGUUAUUCGAGUACCAAUUAUAUUGAUAUGUAUAUCAUAUUUCAUUGAUAUUAUUCAUAUAUGAGGGGGUUUUUUUUAUCAUAAAUGACUUUCAGAUAUUUGGACCUUGUAUAUGUUUUGUUACAGAAACAUUUGAUUUCUUCUUGAUAUGUCUCAGUUCACCUAAAAAUUAGACACUAAAACUAAUCUUAAAAUGUAGAAUUAUGCAGUACAGUGUAAGUGAAUAAACAUUUUGUUAUAAUGAAAUGAUGGAUUCUUGAUUAACAUGAGAGUGUAUACGAAUCAUUGGGAUACAAAUACAAAUCACAUUCGUUUUAUCAUUCACUUAAUUUCCCUGAGCCUCUAGGAUCAGUUAUUUUUCAAAUGAGAUUUAUAUUCUGAAGAACUUAUAUCUGAAAGUAUAGUUAAUUUUUAUCAUAUUCGUGCAUUUGUUUGAAAUAAAUAAAUACAAUUAAUCUUAAAA